UAAAUAUAUUUUCUUAAUUUUGUUCGACGUGACGUGCUUUCCAUGCCCAGCAGGUUGUAUCGGUCCUCCUGUUGUAGCAGCCUGGCUAUGGUUGGAGUGUGUGUACGGAGGGGAGGAGUAACUGGAUUUGUCCCAUAUGUGAAGUCCACACUGGGAAAAUUUUUUUUUUUUUGGUAAUGUAGUAAUGUAUCGCUAAUGUUAAUGCGUCGUCCACAAGCUUGGUGGGUCGCAGCGCGGCGGCUGGAGCUGACGACGGAGUAGUUGAGGUCAAUCUGAAAAGUAACGGUUCACGUCCGGCCCCAGUGUGGGAUGUGCCAUGUACACUAACUGGAUAUGAAAAUGAAACGUAGCUGCAACCUCCUCCUGGGCCUGUGCUCCAUGCUGGCCCUAGGAUUCCUUUACUACUCUUCUGACAGGAUCACGUUACAAGGCUGGGACUAUCGAUCAUUGUAUGACAAAGAAGGGUUUCUUAAUAAGCUGGAUGGUAAACUGCCUUUGGAGCUGAUCCACAUGUACAACAACCUGAGUGAAGGAGCCUGUAGACCGGGGUAUGCAGCUGCCAAGAUGACUGCCAAUUACCCCAAAUUCAACAAAGAGGCUCCCAUGUUCCUGGAUCCAAACUACAAACAGUUUUCCAGGAUCGGUGGAUACUCGCCUCCAUUUGGAGUCAAAUCACAAGAAAAGAUCAUCGAUAUUCUUCUGUCAGCUACCAAGAACUAUGACCUCGGGGAAGAACUUGACAGUCUGAGCUGUAAAACCUGCAUCAUCAUAGGGAACGGAGGAAUCCUCACCAACAAGUCUCUGGGGCAGAGAAUUGACCAGUUUGAUGUGGUGGUCAGGCUGAACGAGGCCCCGGUGAAGGGCUUCGAGAAAGACGUGGGCUCCAAGACCACAAUGAGGAUCACCUAUCCUGAGGGGGCCAUCCAGAAGACUGAACGUUAUGAAGCUCAGUCCCUGUUCGUCCUGUCAGCCUUCAAGGCUCUGGACCUCAAAUGGCUACGACACAUGGUCUUCAAGCAGAGGCUGCACAGUGCCGAUGGCUUCUGGAAGUCGGUGGCUCGACAGGUCCCCAGGGAGCCCAGCGACAUCCGCAUCCUGAACCCCUACUUCAUCCAGGAGGCCUCCUUCAACCUUAUUGGUUUACCACACAACAAUGGACAGAUGGGCAGAGGGAAUAUUCCAACCCUUGGGGCUGUUGCCAUAACGAUGGCCCUUCAUAACUGUGAUGAAGUAGCUGUGGCUGGUUUUGGCUACGACAUGAAAACUCCUAACGCACCUUUGCACUACUAUGAGAAGACAAAGAUGUCGGCGAUCAAAGAGUCAUGGACUCACAACAUAUCCAAAGAGAAGGAGUUUCUGCUGAAGCUGGUGAAGGCCGGGAUCAUCCAGGACUGGACCAAGGGGAUCUGUGGUAAAAAAUGUUGAUGGUCUGCCCUCAGCCCACGCCCCCUAAAGGUGCUCCUGGAGACUCUGAAGUUGUGUUUCCAGCAGUGACUUGCAGCAGGAGCAGAUGUCCUGCUCUGAGCUGCACAGAGACAGUGGACACACACUGGCUCGCUGUUGCACUUUGACAUGCAGAUUUCAUAUCAGCCUUCAAGUAUCUCAGUAUUUAGCUUGUCUAGUUGCAGGCUAUUGUGUGUAGUUUCUCUGAACACCGACUGGUGCCCUGAUCCAGGGCCUGGAACCAGCACUUGGAUCUGUGGAGACGGUACAAGAGCCUGUGCCAAGAAUACCUCGACAAGUGUCCUUCUGCUUUACAGCUGAAUGUAAUCUGCGUCACAACUACAGUUCUGCUCACUCAUGUAUAUCCUCCUGUGAUGAAACAGGGUAGACUGCACUUGACACAGGACAGAAAAAACAUAUAUCACAGCGACAUGGUCACCACUAGGGGGCAGAGUCAGUGUCAAAGCAAUGCAGUAAUCUCAGCUGAUGUACCUAUAGUACAAACAGACAUUUGAUCUGCAAGAAGACUCUUAAAAGCAAACAGUAAAAAAAAACAACAACGAAGGAAACUAAAAGUUAUCUUAGAAAUUACUAGUAGUUAGCAUAGAAGUUACUUAAAGUUGGGAAAGGUAUAGUUUGGCAUUAGGUGUUGAAAACUCUGUCCUAGCUCGGUGUGAUGUGUGGUGUGUGUGUGCAGCAGACGAGACAUGCUCGUCGUGCAGGUAUCUGAAGAAUGUGGAGGAAUGAAGAAAAUCCAUGCGUCAUCCAAACGCCUCCAGCUGUUUCACCUGGACUCAGUGAUCACUCCACGGCUGAGGACAUAACUCAGUUCUUUCUUUUUUACAUUGUUUCUUUAAACCAGUUCCUACGGUUCAGUCCUACGCACAGAUGUUAGGCUUUAUUUUUUCAUUUGGUGUAAAAUUAUUUACACAUCAAUCAUUAUUAUAUCCACACCACUGUGUUUUUGUUUGACCUACAAAGUGUUUAAUAAUUUUAUCUUUCAGCUCAUCUGACCCAACGGGGGACACAUCUGUCCCAUUCAAUGUGCCACAAUUUGGAUAGCACUAAGGAGUCGCUAGGUACCAGAUGUGGGUUGCUACACGCCUGUAAUCCAUCGAUGUAUGUGGGUCAUCAGACUUCUCUGUACAGUCUUUUUUUCCUUCUUAUGUCUCAGUUUAAGACUUGUUUUUAUCCAUAUCUGUUACGGUUGGAGUUUCUGAUUCACUCACAUGCAUUAAUAUAACCAGAUAGUCUAGGAAGUUAAUGUAGAGGGGUAUGAAUACAGUCCAAUCACAGUUCCAGUCAACAGCAGUGUAGAUGUGUUUUUCACUGUCUCCUCCAAAAAAGGUUUUGUCUCCUAAAAUAUCAGUCUCCAGAGGAGGGUGUGAAUUUGAACAUCAAUGAAUACUGAAUGUGGUCUGUUAUCAUGUACCUCACAUGGGACAUACUGAUGGAACUAGCUAUAUUAUCUGUGGUUGCUUUUCUAAAUCCCAGUAAUGAGGUGUUGUAAAGACUUUGCUGUGGCCUUUUUUUUCUGCUAACAUUGAGGAACUAAAUCCAGGAGUGACCAACCGUUGUGGCCCACAAAUUGGGCCAUGCUCUUCAGUUUGUUCCACUCACUGCCUGGAGAGGCAAAAACAAACAGAACCAAAAUCCCUGUUGUGUUUUUUAUUUGUCUGCACUGCCAAUCAAGCUGCGAUCUCAGGCCAGUGAACCAAUCAGACCAAUCCCAAAGCUGAAUUCUAAAGGCCAAUCAUUUACCAUCAGUCUGUUGUUGUCCAUGCUGUAUAGGUGUUGUGUCAGUCAUACAGUAGGUAGGGAUCUGUAGUCAUUGACUGGCUACAGCCAAAUGCUUGAGCCAAAGUAUUCCUAUAUGUAUUUAUUGUAAGCUGUGCACAAAUACACAUUAAACGUUAAAAUAUUUAAAAAAAA